AUGUUGGAGGGACAAAGAUAAAGACCCUGAGAGAGGCACCUCCCACGGCUGCAGGCUUCACCAUGGGAGACAGGUUGGUGUCCACCAAAUGCUCACCCUCACACAUGGAGAGGAAGAUGAGUGCUAUGGCUUGCACCAUCUUCAAUGAACUUCGUCUCGAGGGGAAACUCUGUGAUGUGAUCAUCAGCGUGGAUGGGAUCGAAUUUAAUGCCCACAAGAACAUCCUCUGCAGCUGCAGCCACUAUUUCAGGGCUUUGUUCACCAGCAGCUGGAACAGGGCCGAGAAGACGGUGUACAAAAUCCCCGGGAUUUCACCCGAAAUGAUGAAGCUCAUUAUCGAUUACGCCUACACCCGGACCGUUCAGGUCACCAUGGAGAACGUGGAAAGCCUGCUCGUCGCCGCAGACCAGCUCAACAUCAUGGGCAUCAUCCGGCUGUGCUGCGAGUUCCUAAAGUCCCAGCUCUGCUUUGAGAACUGCAUCGGCAUCUACAGGCUCACAGAACACUACUACUGCCCCGAGCUGCAGGAAGCAGCCUUCCUGUUCAUCCUCCAUCACUUCGAGGACAUCACCAAGGUCUCUGCAGAGUUCCUCGAGCUCUCCGUCAGCGAGCUGGAUAACAUCAUUGAGAAGGACGAGCUCAACGCGAGGGAGGAGGAUGCCGUGUUCAAGGCUAUCGUGAAGUGGAUUGACCACGACCCCCCGAACCGGCGGCACCACAUUGCCAAGCUGCUGAGCAAGGUUCGGCUGGCGCUGAUGCAAGCGGAAUUCUUCAUGAACGACGUCAAGACACAGGAGUACGUGGUGGAAAGCGAGGACUGCAAAGGCCUCAUCAUCAACACGCUGACGGAGAUGUACCACCUCAGCAUGCACGGGCCCCCUUACAUGGACUUCGCCAACCCGCUCAGCCGGCCUCGCCUGCCCUACGCCGUCCUGUUCGCCAUCGGGGGCUGGAGCGGGGGCAGCCCCACCAACGCCAUGGAGACGUACGACGUGCGGGCGGACAAGUGGAUGAACGUGACGAGCGAGCGGGAGAGCCCGGUGGCCUACCACGGCACGGCCUAUUUGAAAGGCUUCGUCUACGUCGUGGGCGGCUUCGACAGCGUGGAUUACUUCAACAACGUCAGGAGGUUCGACCCCCUGCGGAAGACGUGGCACCAGGUCGCGCCCAUGCACUCGCGCCGCUGCUACGUCAGCGUCACCGUCCUCGACGGCUUCAUCUACGCCAUGGGCGGGUUCGACGGGUACACGCGCCUCAACACGGCCGAGCGCUACGAGCCCGAGACGAACCAGUGGACGCUGAUCACCCCCAUGCGGGCGCAGAGGAGCGACGCCAGUGCCACCACGCUGCAUGGGAAGGUGUACAUAUGCGGUGGGUUCAACGGCAACGAGUGCCUGAUCACUGCUGAAGUGUACGACGCCAGCACAGAGCAGUGGACCUUCAUAGCGCCCAUGAGAAGCAGAAGAAGCGGAGUAGGAGUCAUCGCGUACCGGAACGAGGUGUAUGCGGUAGGAGGAUUCGACGGAGUGAACCGGCUCCGCAGCGUGGAAGCGUACAACCCCAUCAACAACACGUGGCACGCGGUCCCCCCCAUGUUCAACCCUCGCAGCAACUUCGGCAUCGAGGUGGUGGACGACUUCUUGUACGUGGUUGGGGGCUUCAACGGCUUUACAACGACUUUCAACGCCGAGUGCUACGAUGAAAACACCAACGAGUGGUACGACAUCCAGGACAUGAGCAUAUACCGCAGCGCCCUGAGCUGCUGCGUGGUGCCAGGCCUCUCCAACAUCAGGGACUACGUUGCCAAGCGAGACAGCAUCGCGGACAACUCUUCAAAUGAAGUCAGGUUCACUUCUUCAACCAGCAGCCUGCCUGUAUAAACAGCUCCAUGCAGCGAAUAAAGCCCUCUGAGCAGCAA